GUUGGAUCCGUUCAUGUUGUGAUGAUGACCGAAUACACAGCAACGAAGUUGUGCGUUUAUCAGACACGGAUCUACCCUCUCAUCGCCAGCGAGACAGACAAAGACGUGUGUGACGUGGCCGGCUGCAACGUCAAUCACAAAGACGUCGAGGUCAACUUGGAUUUCAACGGCCUCGCCGCUGGCCGUGGCGAUGACUGCCCCCCGUCCGAGAUAGACCAGGACGCGCCGUCGGAGAUCAGCCUCUUGCCAUCCACUCCUGCAGUGACACCCCGCGCACUCGUCCAGGCGCUGAGCCCCCGCAUCCCGCAGUGGUGGCUGCUCGAGCAGGCGCAGCGGCGGCGCCCAGAGGCCGCGGCCGCCCCGCGCCUCGACCGGUACCGCGAGGUCUUCUCCAGCUUCGGCGCGUCGCUCGGGUGCGACGAGCCGGAGGCGCCGCCCGUGGUAGAGGACCGAUCUCUUCAAGGACACCCGCCCGGUGGACAUGCCCGAAAAAAGAAAGCACAGUUGCGACGACACCUUCUACGCGAACAUGCGGCUGGGGUGUGCGAGGCCGAGCUCCCCCAGGUCGCAGCUGUCCACCGUCGAGGUGUCCAUCCUGCCGCGGGUGCCCCUGCGUGCGGAGGACGGCUCCUUCGAGACGUCCGUGGCGGCCCCGCGCAGCUGGGUCCACGACGCGGCCGACGAGUGGAGGACGGCGGAGCUGGAGGCGGCCACCCGGGCCCUGGACGCGGCCGCGGACGCCACGGCGGAGGAGCUGGACGGGUCACGCAGGAGACCUUCGGGGGCUUCAUCGGCUCCAUCAUCGGAGGCGUCUUCGGCAUACGCGGCGACCCAGCCCAAACAUGAUGAGGCUACACUCUUGUCACUUUAGGCGACGCUCGUUCCAAUGCGUCGUCGCGCGCUCCUCUCCCUCGCUGGAUCCUCUCUUCUUCCUCUUCCCUUCCUCCUUCGGUCUUUGACCGUAUCUUGUACCGUCCUGUCAAGGCCUGUCUGGCUGUCCCGCAUGCCUGUCUGUGCCUCUGCCCCACGCCCUCGCGAGAGGGACAGAGAACGGCAGAGGAGUGGGUCGUGCUACGCUUGGGGCGCCCUCGGUGGGGCCUCGGCGUCUCCUUGGCAGACGCACGGCUCCAGGCGUGGGCCUCGUGGCCGCGCGCCGGAAUUGCUGCGCCGCAGCGCCACUGUUCGGCCGCAGCGGCAGCACUCCGCAGCUAGCCAGCCCGAGGCUGGUCUCCCACCUUUGCGGCUUAUGGUGCUCUGGCUUCCAACCUCGCUGGGCCAUUGCAUCGCACGCCAAUGAGUGUGCAUCAGUCGCCCAGUGCUUUUCUAACGCGCUCGCUUUCUCCCCCUCGCCUUGGACUAUUGAGAGACGGCUCGCGUCCCAGGGGCUUGGUG